ACGUUUGAGGUGGAUCCCGUCGUGUUGAUGCCGUCGGGGAGGGACGCGGUCACCCACCGCCAACGGCCAGAACAUCUCGGGGUCUCCGCCCGGCACCAAGGGGAAGAGGAACGAGAGGCUGGAGGAGCUGCUGCCAUGGCCUCCGGUUCAUCUAGAGCAGGGGAAGGAGGAGAAGACAGCACCCACCGCACCGUCCCACAGCACCCUGCCCACCUGGGCUCCGACCCCACCGUCUGCGGAGGUGGGACGACCCGAUCCUGGCCGGAGCGAGGAAGACUUGGAGAUGCCGAAGCAGUUGGCCACCGAAGCCGGCUCAGGAAAGGGAAUUUCCAACCCAAACUGCACUUGGAGCAUUUAGAGGAGAAGCUGAAGCUCUUGGGGCUGGAAGGCGGGAGGGAGGAGAAGACCCAUCUCUGCUCCUGGCGCAGGGGGACGGUCGCCUCCGAGGCUGCUGCGAAAGCGUCUGGCUCCAGCCGUGAUGGACCAAGGGCUGGUGGAGGUCCCACCGCGGCCCACGCAGAGGAACCUGCCCGGGAGGACGAGGAGCAAACACGCCGUGACCUGGAGAAGCUCAAGAAGCGAAGGGAGGAGCUUUUGGGCGUGAAAAGGAGCGGCGAGAGGCGAUUCCGGGAGUUUUUGACGCGGACGGAGGCCGAGCGGCAGAAGGUUGUGUCGGAAUUCCGGCAGCUGCGCCGGUUUCUGAAGGACCAAGAGCUCGUCCUCUUGGCUGGGCUGGGAGAGCUGGGCAGGGAGGCGACGAGGAAGCGGGAGGAAGAGGAGACCAGGAUCUCGGGGGAGAUUUCGCUCCUCGACGUCCUCGUCUGCGAGACGGAGAAGAAGCUCGAGCAACCCCCGGGCGGGUUCCUGCAGGACGCCCGGAGCCCCGUGGGCAGGUGGGAGACGGGCCCCGCGGGGAGGACGGAGACGGAGACCGAGACCUUCUCGGACCUGGAGCGGAGGCUCCGUGCCGUCUCUCGCCAAAACGACGUCCUCCGAGAGGCGCUGGGGAGAUUCCAAGACGCUUUGCCGGCUGAACUGGAGAAAGAGGGAGGAGCGCCUCCAGGAGAAGACGGAAAAGCGUUCGUGACUCUGGACCCCGACACGGCCAACGCCCGGCUGGUGGUGUCCCGGGACCGCCGCGGGGUGGGAUGGAGGGACGGGGGGCAGGAUCCGCCCCCCACCCCCCGGCGCUUCGACGCCUCCCGCUGCCUCCUGGGCCGCCGGGGCUUCGCGGGGGGGAGACGCUGGUGGGAGGUGGAGGUGGCCGGAGACGGCGCCUGGGCCCUGGGGGUGGCCCGAGGCUCCGUCCCCAGGAAAGGUUGGCUGGAAUUUCGACCGGAGAAAGGGAUCUGGGCCCUGGGACGCUGCGGGAACCGCUACCGCGCCUUCGCUUCCCCCGUCGCCACCUUCGCCCCCGACGACGACCCCCCCGGGGCAAGCGGGGGGAGGGUGCGGGUGGCCCUGGAUUACGACGGGGGGCGAGUGGCCUUUUCCCUGGGGGGGGGGCAGCCCCCCCUCUUUACCUUCCGAAACGCCGCUUUCGGGGGGGAGAGCGUCUUCCCCUUCUUCUGGGUGGGGAGAGGGUCCCGCCUCCGCCUCUGCCCCUGAGCCUGACCCCAACCCUUUUGGGUUUUUUUUUUUUGGGGGGGGGGGGGACACGGAUUUUCUGCUCCUUCCGCACCUUUUGCCUUGGCGUUUUUUAAUGAUGGGGGCGAGAGAAUCUUUAAAACUAAUAAAAAUAAAAAAUA